AUGACACCAUUUCAGAACCAGCCCGUUCCCGUGCAGCAACAAGGACAAAACCAUGUUAAUGGCCAACCCAACAUGGCUGCACAGUUUCCACAUCAUGGAAACCGUCCAAUGACACAGGUUGAUAUGACCGCCCUACAGGUACUCAAUACAUUCUAUGCCACACGAGCACAACAGCUAGUGCCUGAUACAAUGGCCCAGCAGCAGGCUGGAAUGGCUGCCCCGCCCAGGCAGGGAGUCAAUUCAGCCAACGUCUCUGGGGCACAACAAGCGCCUGGCACGAUGGCCCAGCCACCGACUGGGAUGGCCGCGCCACACGGGAAGUCAGUUAAUCUUAUCAAUGGCAUAGUACAACAACAAGUACCUAGUACAAUGGUCCCGCUGCAGGCUGGGAUCGCAGGGCCAUACGGGCCGCCAGUCUAUCCAAUCAAUGCCGUACCACAACAAGAAGUACAUGGUACAAUGGUCCCGCUGCAGACUGGGAUCGCACCUCAGUAUCAGCAUGGGACGCAUCUUCCACCAUCGCAAGGACUACAAUUCUCCCCACAACAACAUGCCAGGAUGGUGCAGAUCAAGGAAGAAAGAAUGAAAGAAGCACAACUAUUAGAACAGAAUGUGAUGGCAAAGGUCAACCAGAAGGUGGCAGAGGUCAACCAGAAGAACGAAAUGCUCCACCAAAAGAUCGAAGAGGUCUGCCAGGAGAACAAACAGCUCCGCCAGGGAAUGCAGAGCUUUAAAAGACGGACUGAACGAAGAAUGUGCAACAGAAUUAAGGGAGUUGAAAAACGGGCUGUAGAGAGAAUUACCCACGAUGUUCAGCAAAAGAUCAAUCUGUGGCUCCAAUCGUCGGAGGCGGUCAGAUCCCCAGGGUUGCAGGCCGAGAUCAAAGAGCUGACCAGCGCACUGAGCAAGGCUGAGCGACGGAUUCAAGACCUUGAAGGAUGGGCAGUCCUUGGGAGGAGAUUCCUCUAUGAAGUAUUUUUUUCCGAGCCACAAGGGUAUGUCGAGGAAGAGAGCUAA